GUGUGCGCAUGAAAAUUGGCUGUUUGAUUUGAGUGUUUUUCUUGGUAUUCCUAUUAAACGUUGAUAAACCAAUUUCACUUUAAAUUGAUGAUAUCAAAACAAAUAUGACAGGGAGAAUAAAACAGAAGAAAAACGUCAGAGCGUGAGUCACUUGACGGUCGGAGAGCGAGGAGUUCGUUUGUGUGUUUAUGCGCGCAUGUGUAUGCGCGUGUGUUGCCUGACUCACUCUGUCUGCUCUCAGAUGCUUCGACAUCGCUCUGCCUUCUUCUGAAUCAACUGGCUGGUAACAGUCACACAAUAUGACAGCAUUCUCUCGAUGGUACAGCAGUAGAAACUGACGAGGCGCUCCUGCAACAAGCUUUCCCUCAGGAGUUUUCUUUUAGUACUUGGAUUCUAUAGUCUCCUUGUCGUUCCUCGUUCUUCAUCCUCCACUCACCGACGUCAGUGGAACAUUUCAAUCUCUUAUGUUAUUGAGGUUAAUCUGAUUAUGAAGAUUACCUCUCAGAGAAUUCCUCAUCAAUGACAGCCAAGAUGGAGACUCCUUUCUACCAUGACGACUCCCCCGCCAUCCACAGCUUCAGUCAAUUUUCAGAAUACGAACGCUACGCUGGAAACAAGAUGUUAAUGUGUAAGAAGGCCAUGUCUGUAGGAAGCCAUCAUUUCCCAGGCAGUGGUAGCAUUGGAGCAGGAGGAAGAGGUACCAACCCCAAUAACCUGGGACUGGCCAACAAUACCUCCUUAAUGACUUCAUCGGCAUCCUCGGCUGACAUGAACAUGCUGAAGCUAGCCUCCCCUGACCUGGAGCAUCUGAUCAUCCAGUCCAACCAGGGACUGGUCACCACCAGCCCUCUGUCCAACUCCGCCAACCCGUUCAUGUAUCGGAACCAGGCCACCAACGAGCAAGAAGGCUUUGCCGAUGGCUUCGUUAAAGCGCUCGCGGACCUUCACAAGCAGAACCAGCUGGUGGGAGGGCACAUGUCACCAUCCUCCUCCUCCAAUGUCUCCUUACAAGCAUCCUACCAGAGGAACUUGAUGUCCACGAGCGACGUGCCCAUCUACACUAACCUCAGCAGCUACAACCAGGGACAGCUGGCAUAUUCUGGAGCGCAGAUGACUUACAGUGCUAGCUCUGGCCAUAAUGGCGGUGGAGCCCCUCAACCACAUAUCAGAGGUUUGGAUGCCCCUCAAACUGUCCCGGAAGUCCCUCAUCUACCGGGAGACCCCACAUCACCUCCUUCCCUCUCCCCCAUUGAUUUAGAGACACAAGAGAGAAUCAAAGCUGAGCGUAAGAAACUCCGUAACCGCAUCGCGGCAUCCAAAUGCCGUAAACGUAAACUUGAGCGAAUCUCACGAUUAGAGGAGAAAGUGAAGAUCCUGAAGAGUCAGAACUCAGACCUGGCUUCCACCGCCUCUAUGUUGCGGGAGCAGGUCUCUCAGCUCAAACAGAAGGUCAUGAGUCAUGUGACCAACGGUUGCCAGAUUGCCGUUAGCUCUCCCAACAAAUCUGGAGGAAGAGGCGGCAGUGCUGGCAGCGAGGACUCCAGUUGCUGAGGGGGGGGGCACCUCAGAAGAACAAAGGAAGGAGAUAAACCAAAUGGUAAAAUUUGGGAAUUUCACUCAUGCUCGAUGCUGUCAAACAGAGCUUAGUGAAAGUGGCUCAGGGUCAGUUAAUGCUCCGUGGAUGGUUUGACAUUUAGCCAGAGAUCACACACUGCUGACUGUGAAAGGCUUUAAUAGCAGACAUAUGAGGUUCCUGCCCACCAAGAAAGUUACAUGGAACAGUUUGCAUUUCUUUGAAUCAUGUUAUUUAAAGACAGUUUUUCAGGAUUUGACACGACUUUGAAACACUUUAAAUGGUGGAACUAUUAUUUAUUAGUUUUGAUUAUUAUUGCAUCUUAUCAUACUUCAAGUGGAACUCGAACUCUUUUUAUUAAUCAAGCCCUGAAUUAAUUAUUCAGCCCUCACACUGGCUGAAUAAUUAAUUCAGCCAGUGUGAGGGCAUACAGACAUGUAUGAAUCCGUCAUUAAAAUCAGUAACAAGCAACUUGUUGAAUGCUUUUGAUUCGAUUGUCGCUGUAUUUCUGAAUUCAAAUUUUAAGAACAUGUGUUUACCAAUAUGUUGAUGGAUUUUGCUAUUCUGUUAUGUUACUGUGUUUGGUUUGUGUUUUUAUUUUCAUUAUAUGUCGUAUACGGAUCAACUCUGGUUCACGGUCCAAUUUUCAAAUGUAAAUUUGGGGAUUAUUCAUGUGUUGCUGCUCAAACUUUAAAAUGUUUAUUGCCACGUCAUGUUAAAAAUAAAGUCUAAUGAUCGGUUGGUACCGGUCAGUACUUUUUGUC